CUAAAAAUCCUGGUGGCCACAUUUACCAAUACUUACAAAAGAGUGCAGUCGCGUUCGGAUAUGGAGUGGAAACACGGGCGUGCAGCGCUUGUGCUCAAUACUGAAAAAUCCCUGCUAACUCCCCCGCCUCUUAAUUUACUCCUUCUCCCGAUUUUAUUCUUUACUGUACUACAGCACCAGGAAAAUCCCUCCGUAUCGGAAACGAUUCUGUCAUCAAAAUCUUCGGGCUCCACCAAAUCCUUACACAGUGAAGGCUCUCAUUUUAUUCAUGGUCAUCACUUGUCACGUAAAAGUAUUGCUAGCGCGACUCAUGUCAUGGCAAUAGGUAGCCGUCAGUGGUCUCGACGGAUCCGCAACGCCGGAAGGAUACAAGACUGCGUUGACUGGAAGUCCGUCGUAGCUGAUUUUCACCAACGCUAUUUAAGCAGGGCUACUUACUGAAGAAGACUUACAGAAGAAAACUCCAUUGAUUAUCAUUAACCUUAGUGCGCAAGAACACUUCUUAUCUAACAAU